CGAUCAUCAAGUGAGAACAAAAUUGAAGGACAAACUGGAGUGGACUGUCCAGUGCGGGAAAUGUGUAAGGAUUGCCAGUUCUCGUGUGAUUUUUGGCGUGUUUUGAGAUGUGGUCGCCAUGUAUCUUGUCGGAUAAAAUCCAGAAUCCGCGACUAAUCACGGGCAGAUAUUAUUAUAUUAACACCCUAAUAAUAACCUGCCUGAUUUUCCCGACAUUGAUUCUGCGGGCCUUCUUAAAACGGCAGGAUGUUUGGUAAGCACGUGAUUAAAAUUAUGUCUUCGGUGAGGAGCAUGAUUUUAUUUAUUGGGAAACACUGCACAAAAAAAAGCACGCAUCGCUGGCAAAUCGCAGCUAGCCUGGGUGUGCGGUGAGCGGCGACACACACUUUGACCGUGAGCGCGCAUAGCACGGAACCGCGCUCUCAGAUCCCCUGGCGUGCACUCUCCCUCCGUGCAGCAGCAGCACCAUGAUUUCUCCCAUCACCCUUUCAGUGGCCCGCGAUCGGCUGCCGGUUCGGACGCCGGACGGGUCUUGAUGGACGAGCGCGCCGUGUCGCUCCGGAGCCCAUGUGUCCGCGCCGCGCGCCGCCACGCGCGCCACCAUGUCCCGAUCUCCCGCGGCUCCCGCGUCCGCUGCGGAGAGCGCCUCGCAAUCCCGCUAUUUCCAGCUGCCGAGGAAGCUGCCCAAAUGCAAGAGCCACUUUAAGAGGUCUGAUGGAAGCACCUCCUCUGACACGACGUCCAGCUUCAUUAAAAGACAGGGUUCAGCCGAUUCAUACACAAGUAGGCCCUCCGACUCCGACCUGUCCCUGGAGGAGGACCAGGAGGCGUAUCGGCGUGAAGCCGAGCGCCAGGCCCAGCUACAGCUGGAGAGAGCCAGGAGUAAACCCGUAGCGUUUGCUGUGAAGACCAACGUCCCUUACUGUGGGGCUCUGGACGACGACUGUCCCGUCCGGGGUGCUGCCAUCAACUUUGAAGCCAAAGACUUCCUGCACAUUAAAGAGAAACACAACAAUGACUGGUGGAUCGGCAGGCUGGUGAAGGAGGGGGCCGACAUAACCUUCAUUCCCAGUCCUCUCCGCUUGGAGGCCAUCAGACUCAAACAGGAGCAGAAGCAGCAGAGGAAAACUGGAGGGAGUUCCUCAGCCAGCUUGGGAGAUAUGAUGUCGGGAGGAUGGAGGUCCACCCCUCCCGCAUCUGCCAAGCAGAAGCAAAAGCAGGCAGAACACAUCCCUCCCUAUGAUGUGGUUCCAUCCAUGAGGCCUGUGGUGCUGGUUGGACCAUCCCUGAAAGGUUAUGAGGUCACAGACAUGAUGCAGAAAGCACUGUUCGACUUCCUGAAGCACAGGUUCGAGGGGAGAAUUUCCAUAACUCGGGUGACUGCCGACCUGUCUCUGGCAAAGAGGUCCGUCCUCAACAAGAGAACCAUCAUGGAGCGGUCCAAUACACGGUCCAGUUUGGCCGAGGUCCAGAGCGAGAUCGAGAGGAUAUUUGAGCUGGCUAAGACCCUACAGUUGGUCAUCUUAGACGCAGAUACCAUAAACCAUCCUGCACAGCUGGCCAAGACCUCCCUGGCUCCCAUUGUCGUCUAUGUGAAGGUAUCAUCACCAAAGGUCCUGCAGAGGCUGAUAAAAUCUCGAGGAAAGUCCCAGAGCAAGCACCUCAACGUGCAGAUGAUGGCCAGUGACAAGCUGUCUCAGUGCCCCCCGGACAUGUUUGAUGUCAUUUUGGAUGAGAACCAGUUGGAAGAUGCCUGCGAACACUUAGCCGAAUACCUGGAGGUCUACUGGCGUGCAACGCACCUACCCGGCUCCUUCUUGGAGCAAAACCUGAUAACCCCGCCUUCAGCUAUGUCCAGCCUGCAGGAUGGGCAGCUGCUCUCGAGUCCGGGGACUGGCAAGGACGACCUAGCGGGGCGCCAGUCUUCCGUGGAGCAGGACAGCCUCGUGGCCUCCGACGACGCCAGCUACUCUCUUUCCCCUGGCAGGAGGGGGACUUCACGGCAGCUGUACUCUGAGAAAGAGGACGAGGAGGAAGAGGAAGCGGAGGCCCCGCAUCACAAUGACACUUACCGUGAUCUGCGCCCGCCACAACGCAGCAGCCGUCCCGCCGCAGGUCACGGCGCCGCAAGCCAGGGGUCCAAGGACUACUGGCUGCAGAGCGACAGCCGACAGUCCCACAGCCAGCGUUCUGCACAUCCCAGGUCACGGGACAGCCACUGAGAGCAGGAGAUGGACGGGACAGGGGACAGGGGACAGGGACCGCACACACCCAGAGCUCUAAAUACCCUCAGGCCUCCCCAAGUUGCCCCACAGCCAUGGAGCAGGUCUGUUCAGCACCGGUCCGCCCACCGUCUAGGACCAUCCCGUUCAUUUCUGCUGGGAGGUGCCAAAAAUAAGGUUGGACCCAUACAGGCAGGUGCAGCUCUUACAAAGGCCUGUACACAUAGUGCUAGUCUGCUCGUGCGCCGCUAUAAAGGCUCGUGAGACACCUGAGGCCCGUUUUGUAUUAAGAGACGCAGGCAGUGUCCGCAAAGACCAGGAUUGUAGAUCUGCCUCGGCCGCAUUGCAUCAUCGACCAUCGUAAUUUAGCGGUCAUGGGAGACCGGAGAUCAGCGGCCGUCCUGCAGCAGGUGAAAUCUGAGUUUGACGCACCCAAGACUCUUGAGACGCGUAACUUUUUACACCUGACCCUCAGUCCCAAGUGUUUGGGUGCCUGGCUGGGUGAACUGAACCUGUCUGCUGGUACAUGCAGCGUCGCUGACCAAUUCCGGAAGGCUUUUUCAAAUGAAUUACCGGCACGUAAUGCUUUUCAAAGAUUUUUUAACUGGAUGAUAUUAAAAACAAAUUUACAUGAAAAUUAGGCUUUAUUACAUUUUCUCAUCGGCUGCCACGACACCGCUUCUAACUUCGCUAAAACUGCAGAACCACGUACGAUGUUGCAUUCCGGUCCGAGUGCUGUUGAACAACAGGUUCCGCCCUGGUCUGCUUGACGCAUGAGCGCUGGACUUGACCGGGUUCAAGCAUUAGUAUAUUGAGCGUACAGUGCUGCUCGAAAGUAUGUGAACCCUAUAGGUGGGGUCAUUAUUCUUGUAUUAAAUAUUAAAAGAAACAUACAAUCUGAAUGUUAAAUCUUGAAAUGAAUGUAUAAAAUUAACGAAUGACUAUGAUUUACACACCUGACUCUACUACUUACCUACUUGGUUUAACCAGUGACACUUGGGCUUCUCUUAUUUUUACUCCUUCACUACUUGUGUGUUUCUACUACGCACAUGAUUUCCUCUAAGCAACAUAUGGAGCUGGU